CAUUUUUAUAUGAAUCAACAACAAUUUUCCCUCUUUUUAAUUUCACUUUCAAACUGCAAAGAUCAUAAUCUCCUCUCAAAUCCCUCGUUUCAUCUCCUCUGUCAACACAAACCCUAACAAGUUCUUCAGAUUUGACUGUCACUGUCACAUCAUGGAGGAAAUUGGGAUAGAUGAUGAUUGGUUCACAUCUUCUUCUCGAACACUUAUACUGGUUGGAAGACCUGGUAGCGGAAAAAGCGCAACCGGCAAUAGCAUUCUGGGAAAAAAAGCGUUUGUAUCAAAAACUAGCUAUGCUGGUGUAACCAGAACUUCUGAACUCAGAAGAACUGUGCUGAAUGAUGGCCUAGUGCUUAAAGUGAUAGAUACUCCGGGUUUGUUUGAUUCAUCAAUUGACAUUGAGUUUGUUAAGAAGGAAAUUGUUAAGUGUAUGAACAUGGCGAGUGACGGGAUACAUGCAAUAGUUGUUAUUCUAUCAGUUAGAAAUAGGUUUUCUAAAGACGAAGAAGCUGCAAUUAGGGGUAUGCGGAUUCUGUUCGGGAGCAGAGUAUAUGAUUAUAUGAUUGUGCUUUAUACUGGUGGAGAUGAACUCGAAGAGAGUGGACAAACAUUGGCAGAGUACUUGGAAGGCUGUCCUGAUUCUCUAAAGGAAACAAUUAGCCUUUGUGGGCACAGAUGCAUGCUUUUUGAUAACAAGACAAACGAUCAACAGAAGAGAACACAACAGCUACAUGAGCUUCUCUCUCUUGUCAACAACCUGUUGACCAAGAGCAAUGGAAAACCGUAUACCGAUGAGAGUUUGAGAGAUUUAAAGAAAGGGAUCGGGAAGCUACAUGAAUACUCAAACGCAGUUCAGAAGCUAGAAAUAACUGAGAAUCAAGUUAAUGAAAUGAUUGCGUUGAGGCUGAAGGAAACAACUGCCAAACUUGAACAACAAUUGGCGGAAGAACAGUCGAGGCUGAAAGAAGCAACCAGAAGACUUGAACAACAACUGGAGAAGGAACAAGGGGCCCGGUUGAAGGCUGAAAAAAUGGCUCAUGCAGCUCACACAAAAUCCAACGAUGAAAUCCGGAAACUUAGAGAGAAUCUAGAGAGAGCCGAACGGGAGACUGAGGAGCUUCGAAACAAAGCUAAAAGUGGCAAAUGUGCAAUCUUAUGAAAUUCAAGGUUGGUGCUUUUCUGCUAAAAAAACAUGAUCUGUAGUUCUAUUCACUACUGUUGUUUUGGAUAACAACCAAGAAUCUGCAUAUUACAAUAAGAAGAUAUGAUAUCUUCUUUUAUCAUAGAUCUAAAGUUCUGAGAUAAUAUGUGUACAUGGUUUAUCAUGACCUAUAAGGCUAUAGUUACAUAAUCAGUUCCUGAAAA